UGACCCGGCUCCUGGCUCCACAUCCGACCGCAAAUCCACCUUGUGUACAAUCACGCCCCUCGCCACUAUGUGAGUGGCCAGCGUUAUUCCAAUCUCUGACAAGCAUCGUCUACAUGGUCGCCGGCUUUGAGCGCUGACGGAGAUAUUUCCGUUUUUGUUUUCAUCUUUCAUCUUUCAUCCACACGUUCAGCAAAGCCCAACAUCCAACGUUGGGGGGGAGAGGGAAGGAGGAGAAAAGUCCAGCGCUGGUCUCCCUCUCUCUGUUGGACUGGUGGUGGGAUUGAGACGCCCGCUCUGAUGUUCGGCCACCAGCCAGUCAUCUGAAACUGAAGGAUUUGCGCGUUUGCAGCCGAGCAACUUCACGGUGGAAACUUUUCCCAAGGAAGGAGGGAUUUUUUGUUGUUGGACCACAUCAUAUAUAUUCCCGCCUAUGGAUCUGGAGACUAGCAGGAUCAUCAUGGUCCCGAUGGUCAGACUGGCCAAGGAGAACGAGCUGCUGUGGAACAAGUUCCACUCCGUGGGCACCGAGAUGAUAGUGACGGGGAGAGGAAGAUGUUUGUUCCCUCCCAUUGUCAUCACCAUACACGGUUUAGAUCCAGAAAAGUCAUACACACUAAUGGUGGAUAUGGAGUCAUGUAGUGAUCAACGCUACUCUUACACAGAGGAGAGGGGCUGGUGCCCAUCUGCUCCAGCUCGACAGCAGCAAUCAAGUGGAGUUUAUGUUCACUCCGAAACCCCAGCCCCUGCAGCUCAGUUGAUCGACAAGCCCAUAACUUUCAAGCUGCUCAAAAUCUGCACCUCAAAUGGAACGGACCACAAAGGAAUGGUUCCCCUGACUCCGAUGCACAAGUACAGACCCCGAAUUCAUUUGAUUCAGAAUGCUGUGCAAAUGAAGUCUAAACUUUGUUCAUGGACAUACUACUUUCCAGAAACAGAAUUUAUAGCUGUGGGUCACUACCAUAGCAAAAAGAUGAAGAUGAUGAAGAUAGAGUACAACCCUUAUGCCAAAGGUGCUCUACCACACAGCAGUAGAAGAAACAAGGUCAUGCCACCGAGUGUUAUAGUUGAGGGCGUUGACUGUGGGAAUAGACGCAGCUCCUCCAUCAUGUUGGCCUGUCUUCAACGAACACAGAACCCACCUUCACAGCGCUUGUCAUGUCCCAAUAAAACGCUGGAGCCUCUGAAAUAUGAGACUGUCAGAUCCACACAUUCUCCACGGUAUCCAAGCCCAGCCGAACUUGAUGCUUAUGCCCAGAAGGUGGCUAACAAUCCACUCACAAUCAAGAUCUUUCCUACAAAUAUCAGGGUUCCUCAGCAUAAGCACCUUAACAGGACUGUGAAUGGCUAUGACACAACGGGACAACGCUACAGUCCAUAUCCUGUACAUUCUGGAGGGUACCAAGGUCUUUUAGCUAUUGUGAAGGUACACAGCAAAAGUGUGGUGAAAAGUACAGAUGGCAAGAGGACGCGAAUGUCCCCAGCACAAGUCGGAAAUAGCAACAUUGGAGCCUACCCAGUGCCAAGCACUUUAGCGCAGAGUCAAUCGUGUACUGGGCAAAUAAGUUACCACAGUAGCCAGAAAUCUUUGGAAGGACCUGUUCCGCCUAAUGUAACUGUUGCCAAAUCUGUUAUUCCAUUAGGAGGACGAGGCCUGUCUCUGCAGCAAUCAAAUCUCCCUUCCAUUCAAAGUAUUAUUUACCAGAUCAACCAGCAAUGCCAGGCUCAGGCAUCACAACAGGUUUCAGCUGCUGUUUGUCAGGGUGCUAUAAUUACCAAUCCAAGCCCAGCCACAGCCAGCCGCAAUACAGUGAAUGGUUUUACCAGCAUGGUUAAUGGAAGUGUGGUAUAUGCUGGAACAGUUUUACCCGAAUGCCGUGGAGGUACAGAGUUGGCAACUGCUUCGAGUUUAGCUUCUGCAGCGGGACCUAAAGCUGGGGCGUAUCCAGAUGGAAUGGAUUAUUUACUAUGGCAACAGAAACAACAGAUCCGUAUGUAUUCGGGCAGUGGAGGUGGGGUAGUUAUAAGUAAAUCACCAGAGGUUUGUGGUGUCCCAAGACCAUACACUUUGGCACCUACUAUUGAAAAAAUUCCUUCAUCUCCUUUGAACUGUGUGGGCAUGCACUGUAAUUUUUCAACGGGGCAGUAUUUAGCAGCCCCAUGGAAUAGUGUAUUGGUGACACCAGACAGUGACUGUUAUAAUCCACAGGACCUCACGAAUGGGCACCGUGAUCUUGUUGUUCAGCCUUCAGAUGGACUCGCCAGUGUCUCCAGUAGAACGCUAUGUAAUACCUCUAUUCUCAGUAGCAGUCUGCAGUCACUGGAGUAUCUGAUUAACGAUAUUCACCCACCCUGCAUUAAAGAGCAAAUGCUGGGUAAAGGAUAUGAGACUGUUUCAGUACCUCGAUUAUUGGACCACCAAAAUGCUCACAUACGACUACCAGUUUACAGAUAGAGAGAUAUAACUGUUGUUCAGAAAGAUAGUACGAUGGUGUUAAAUCUGUUAGAAACACAGAAGUCUUCAGCCUCAAUACUGUAGUUAAAGGCAAAUGAAGUGGCGUGUUUAAAAUGCCCCAGGUAUUACAAGAUUCUGGAAUGUGUUUGGGUUGAUGAAAACAUGGAAUCUGCUGGUAUUGAUAUUGAAAGAUGGCAAUAUCAGAAGAAAAUACACUAAAAUGGGGACUGGGAUUUGGCAUUGGACACCAGAGGGCGUGGAGCUAUUGGAAAGGUGCAGAAAGCUUUGCCAUAUGUGCUGAUGGGUCUGCAUGCAGAAUUUUCUUUAAUUAAAAUCCUGCGCUAAAUUCUGUGAACGUGGUCCCGAGAUCCUCGCCAUUGCCGCUUGUCAUUGUCAUCGUCAUCUUUGCCAUGAUUACAAAAAAAUGAGCUACUGCCUAAAUCAGAGUGGAGAGUCGUUAUUGCACUGUGUUGGAACUAAGAUAAAAGUGGGGACAGCCCAGAUUAUUAUAAAAGAAAAUAUCUUGGAAAACUUGAACCUAAUUUUUGUUUGAUUUUUUUUAAUUUUGUGUUGGCUGCUAAAAAUAAAAUGAUUUUUCCUCUCUACGUUUUAGGGAAAAGUUAAAGUUAAUUCAUGAGGGAAUCGCUAGUUUUAAGGUGUUUCGUAAUGAAAUAUAUGCCCACAAUUGUGCUAAAAUAGCAAAGCAAGCUGUGAGAUGGUGCAAGGGUUGAUGGUAUUGAUAAAUGCACUCAGAAGAAUACUGUAUAUGGUAUUGCUGUUCUUUCUAUAGGACUAGAAAACCCAUUAGGUGUAAAAAUGAGUUGUAAGAGCACAUUCCUACAAAACCUGAUUGUCAUAUACUGACUGUUUUAACUUUCUAAGUGAAAUAAAUGCCUAUUCAGUAAUGCAGAACACUCAAAGAUUGUGUGCUGCUGUGGUGAAUAGCAAAGACUAAUAUCUGACAACAGUUCCAAAAUAAUAGUGCGUCAUGCAAGAAUGAUUGUCAGUCGCCAAGAUAGCUACCAUAUCAAGUCUAAUUAUUUUUCAUUGUAGGCACCAUAAUAUAGCGGCAUUCCACUAAACAGCGUAUCAUCUUUCCUCUUCCAGUUGUUUCCUAUCCAAUAUAAAGUAAAAUGAGCUGUUCCUGGACUUUGCCAGCAUUUCUCAAUUGGCCAAUAAACUCUGCAUGACCAGGGUUUAUGGGAGCUAACAAGGCUAUUGGCAUAAUUUUUUAAAGUACACUUUAUUUCCUUGGAGAUCAACUGGCCACUGCUCAGUUGCUACCUUAGAGAGAGAAAUUGUAAGAUGAUAGUUUGCAUUUGAACUCAGUCAUUUAGCUUUCAUGAUCAAAUGUCCAUUAAUGAAAGUUAUUUCCAGUCUGAUGAUUUUCAGUUUCAGAAAUUAGCUGCGUUUGUCACAAAUUUCUGUUUAUCCAAUACAAGUUUGAUUAAAUUAGUCAAAUUCACUUCCGCCAGUGGUUAAAAUACUGCAAUAAGCUGUAUCCUAAUCAAAGCAGAUGUAAUUUAAUGCCACAAAUACAUACAUUUUCUUUAAACCAUGCCAUUAUCUUUUGUAGAAAUGUAUUGGCGCAGACUUUUUUUACUGCAUUGUUUAAUGCCCGUUUAAUACUUUGGAUUGCUAAUGGUUCCGUUUCAAUCAAUUAUUGACAUUGCAAGUUUGAAAUUCCUCUAAUUUACGCUGCCACUUCCUCCUCACUCCGCCUCUUGCCACCAUAUUUCAUGAAGAACCUACUUCUUUUUUCUGUCAACAUUUCAUACUGUUAUGCUAUAUCAUAUAAUCCAGAAAAUAAGGGCAGGUAGUUCUGCAUUGACAUGUGUUUCCACAUCACAAAUUAGAUAUAAAACGAUCGAUGAAUGAGGGAUCAUUAUUUGUGUUAUACGAACCUAAUUGGCUGUAACGCAACUUCGAUUGGGAAUUAGAGACCCACUUAAAAGUUGCUAUGGAAAUUGACCCGCAGGAGAAAAAAAGACUUGGAGAAAAAUGGUUCCGUGUAGUUUCCCCGCAGUAAUGUGACACCAUUGUCUCUUAAGAACACAGCUGCCACUUUCACCGCAAGAGGCCAUUGAAAUUGAUGACCAAUCGCUUCUAUUGACACUUGUGCAAUGUUACUCCAUUGAACAAUGUAACAUAUAACCAUCAUUUUACAAAAACAAACUUUUAAGAAGAGCUUUUUGUUUUAAAUCCUGCGGGGAAAAAUAAUUUUGUUCUUGCAAAUCUGAAACGCUCCAUUCCUUUCUUCCAUUGACACAAUUGCUUUUACAACAUGAUUUUCCGUUACACAAGAUUUCUUAGGAAUGCAAUUAAAAUGUUAUUGCAGAACCACGUGUAAUAAUCUAUCCUCAAAUUUGUUGCUGCCUCAUAAUUAACCAGAUGGGAAGAAUGAAUUAUAGAUUGAGAUAGUUGUAACUGUCCUUUGCAAUCUCUCUGCCAGGCACCUCUCCUCAAUUUUAUAACCUCAAACUCUUGUGGAUAAUGCAGAUUGUUUGAUUCAGUUGGGUUUUCUUGAAAGGAAAGGAAAACUGCUAAGAGACAUAAAACUAUUUGAAACAACUUAAGAAUUCUGACAUACCUGUCUGCAGCAAGAAUACUAUUCUUUUUCUUUAUAUUUUCUACAGAUGUACCUCUACAUAUUUCUAGUAUUUUUGAUUAGCAUAACACCAACUAAAAUAUUCAUCUUGGUUCAUAAUUUACUUCAUACCAAUGAUUUGUUCUUAAUUUAUACCAAUGGAGAUGGGUCUUCUAGGAUAUAGUAUAAUGUGAUUAAUUUAUUUGGAUUCUUUCUGUUGUAUAAUUUUGUGCGUUGUCAAAGCAACAGGACUGCGGUGAUCUUCUAUCCAUUAAUCUUGACUACUUUUUCUUUUGAAGUUGUUUUGGUUAAAAAAUGUUACAGUAAACUUCAAAAAAACCUUCAAAUACUCCCAGGCGAGUGCUAGUAUUAACAUCUUCCUGCAAACCACGAAAAUCCAUCCAAAUUUAAGAGUACUACGUUGUUGAACUCGCAAUCUUAAAAAAAAAUCAGGUCUUCAACUGGGCUCUGCUUAUAUGAAUUACAUGAAACUAUUGAACAAUUCAUAAGUAGCACAUGCAGGCAAUAUUGCCAAUGUGUUCAGAGUUUUGCAGAUUGUGCUUUCAAAGCCAACUGCCAAAAGUUUUUUAUAUAUAUAAUGUUUAUUUUUAUCUUAUGACUGCUUUAAAUAUUUCUAUUCCCUACUUUAAUUUUAUCUACUUUGCGCACAAUUGUUUACUUAACCUUCAAAGGGGGAAGGGAAGAAAAUUAAAAACAACAAAAUAUAUUUAUCUCAAAUUGCACAAUGGGAGUAAUUGUAUAGAAAGAAUGUGAUACGAGAGACACUUAUGUUUAUUUAGCUCGAGAAAAACAACUGAGGGAAUUGUGAGGUGCAUAGGAAUUUUUUGGCAUUGAAUAAUUUCUUUUUUUUGUGUGAGCAGUAAUAAUAUUCAGAUAUAUUAGACACUUAUACCAGUCAAGUAUAGUAGUUGGGAUGGAGAUAGUGAUCCUUUGGUCCCAGGGAGUGGAAAUCAAGAUCAAUUAUAACAUAUGUGUUGUUGUAAACUUUUUUGUCAUAUUCCAUAGGUUCUAGAUUGGAUGUCUGGGUUCAUUUCUCAUUGUAAAGAGGCUAGAUCAAAUGAUCAAUUAUACACUGCCCUUUCACCUCUGGUUGUGGGUUUGAUUUCAACUAAAUUAUGAGGUCAAAGGCCUCUCACUCAAUUGGCUACAAGGGCCCGAUACGAAAUCCAUUUGCGAUAGCAUCUAAUUUCAUCUGGGCGUUAGCUCACGAUUCAGAACAUUCUGCAAUUAUUUUGGUGAUGGAGGAAAACAAAAGUAUGAAGUGCUCGACUAAGCCACAGAUUUGGACAAUAAAUGAAGCUUCAUUCUGCAUCUACUUGGGAGUCGAUAAUGCUGAUGAUAAAUAUGAAUGUCCAAGAUCUUUCCUUUUUAAUAAUCACAUUCUUCAUCUCAAUAAAAAAAUAUAUAUGCAAGUUGAGUGCUAAAAAUAUUUUUGCAUCUUCCAAACUUCUGUUAUUGGACUUAAUUUCAAAGUUAAUGUGUGCACAAUUUGCAAGAUAAAUCUUUAAUCUAGUUUAAAAAAAAUGAUACAGGUUGCAAGCAAACAUUUUCCUCCAUGGCUGACCUGACCAAAAGCUUCAAAGUAUACGUGAACUAUUUCAUAUUGGUCUUAUUUAUGUACAGGUCACGUUCCACUUUCCAACUUUCUAAUUUUCUGAGAUCAACCACAAUAAAAUAUACAGGUAUUUCCGUACAAGAAAUGAGACCUGGCUAGAAUUAGAAACUCUGGAUUCUUGAUUAUUAUUGAGUUAAGAUCCUUUGAGCAAAUGUGAUUUUCUUUUCCCCAGAAUGAGUACAGGAUAAAUAGACAAACCCUCUCUCUAUUCCUUUCCAUAUAGAUGGUAAUGUGAAAUGUAAGCACAAUAUCUAAAUAAGUAUUUUGCAGCAAAGUGUGAAGCAUUAUAAUCUUACUUACAAAAGGAUUUGGACUUGCUCUGUUUUUAAAUACCCUCAUUUGUCCCCACCUUGUUACAUUUUUGUUCCUGCUAAACCAAUUGGAUCCUCUCGCAGAAUAUUAUUGGAGAAAAACUGUCACCUCCAUUUAUGAAAUGAUAUCUCCAGAUUUGGGUUAUUCUUUUAAACAUUCCACAAGCAAAAUACCUGGAAUUGAGAUCUGGACCAUCCAUGAUUUCUUGAAAGUUUUGUUAAGUCUCAGCAGGCUAAUGGACAGGUUGGGGAGAAGAACUAAACCUCUGAAAGCUACUACAUGACAUUUAUAAACCGUGCAAUCUUGCCCUGUUUCCAUGUGGUUAGGCCACUCUAUAAUGCAAAAAAUAGCUCAGUGAUAGUGUAACAGAUUUUAUGCUGCCAAUAUCACCAUAAUGAUGGAUGGUAGACUGUUCCAACCAUAUUGAUUACCAUUGACGUAAAUGGAGAAUCUAUUUAAAAGCAACCACUACCUCUAGUGGAUGUAUUGUGGCACUGUCGAUUGCAUUUAAAAACAUAUCUUUAAGAUGUUUUUUAAAUUACUCUAUGUGAGACCCCUUCCUGAUGUCCUUUGAUAUAUAUGUGCCUACUAGCAUCUCCGUUAUUAAUAGCAUAUACCUCUUAGUUGUGGCACUGGAGUUGAGCAUCAUAAAUAAACAAAAUCUGAUCUGUAAUGCUAAUGAAGUGUAAAACUUUCCGUACAUUGAACUUUACACCAGACAUAAAAAACACGAUCCAUUUUCUAUAGAAUAGUCAACAACUAAUUUCUCCCUUGAAAUAGUUUUGGGGAAGUGUCCUAAAUAAUCUGAAAUGCAUGUAUCGGGAAAAAAUCCUUAUCCUAGUAAAGCCCUAGUUACCAAUUGCCUCGUAAUCAUCACAUUGAACAGAGCAAACUGAAAUUAUCAAAAAAAUAAAGUCAAAUAAAAUUGUUACUGCUGCUAAAGUGAGACAUAGCAAAGUGGCCUCUGAAUAGAUUUUGUGCAGAGAAAGACCAUGUUCAGCUUCAUCUGAUAAUCGUUGCAUAGUUCACUGAUACAAGUAGAAUCCUGGAGUUAUUACAGGUGACCCUAAUAACUUUGGAUCAAACAUAUUCUUGGCCAAACAAUAAUCCCCAUGCAUUAGGGUAAUGGUAUUAAAUUCAAAAUAGGAUUUUGCUGAGAGCACUUAGUCUUUCUGCUUUUCUCCCUCAGCUGUUAAGUCACAGUAACAUAUGGCAAGUCAUUAGAAAGCUUCGGCAAUUGAAAAGCCUGCCUUCUAAAUACAAAUAUUUUUUCCUUGCUUGCUAAGAAGAGGCAGGUGAAUGAAAUGUAAAGACUUGAAUUUAUGUUAGGCGAACUGACGGCCUUUCUGACAAAGAUUUUGUAGAUUGGAGAAGUAAUAAGAAAAGGAAUAAAUAAGGAAAUAAGGAAGUACCCAUGUUUACUCUUUUGUUAUGAAGUUACUAUUCAAGUCACUGGCUGGAUUUGCUUCAGGACAAGCUCUGUUCAUAGAAUUUCAUCAACAUUUUCAAUGGCAUUGUGGACAGAAUUUGUCCUUUGUAAUUAACAAGGGUGAGUGAGGAAGGGUGGCUUUCACAAUCAAUGUAGGAGACUCGUGCAGACAAAAGAAGCAUCCUCGGGCACUUCAGGGUAAAUUUGUUUUUAUCACUUGAGAGCAAUGCCCAUCUGUAACAAAUGUUUCAAUUUUUUCUCUUCCAUUAGAUAUUAGAUUAGAAUAAUAGUGCAAAUGCACACAUUUUUGUUCGUGGAAAAUUUCAAACAUAAGUAGAAAGAUUUAAGAAGAGAAUAUUCUUGGGUGCUUAUCGCAGAUCAAGCAUGUUUGGUAACAAUUGCAAUUUACUUUUUUAAUUGUUGUUAAGGAAGAUGCUUUUACACAACAGGAUAACCGAUGAGGAAAGGACACAGUAUGAGUCACCCACAUUUUAUUGCAUCUUUUAACAUAGGGUGGACAGGGUUGCAUAGUGAAAUUCAAAACUUGAAAUUGAAUUUAGUAGAUUACUUUUUGAAUCCCAUUAGCAGUAGACCAAAACAGAGCUAUUGAAAUAGAGGCUAUUCCCCGCGUUUUAUUUUCAGGCUAAAUCCAACUUUUCAGUUGUUUGUAUUAGCGCUAUAAAAUUAUUUUGCUUCUCUCUCAUUCCCAAGAUCUGAAAUUCAUUCCUUUUAUGUUAUCAGUUCCAAUUUAAUACAAAAUUCAUUGCCGUCUGAAUGAAAUGUGAUUAAACUUAUUUUCACUGCAAGUCAAAUUAAACCCAGAUAAACAAACCAACUACUGUGAAUUGACUGAGUGGGCAGUGUGAAAGUGAGCAGCUUUUCUUUGUUUUUUAGUUAAAUUGGAAAUUUAUGGUGUGUUAAGCGUAAUACAUUUGGUUGAAAUACAUGUGAAUAGCACUUAAUGGAAAAUAGGUGCAGGAGUAGGCCAUUCAGCCCUUCGAGCCAGGACCACCAUUCAAUAUGAUCAUGGCUGAUCAUCCAAAAUCAUUACCCCAUUCCAGCUUUUCCCCCAUAUCCAUUGAUUCCCAUAGCCCUAAGAGCUAAAUCUAACUCUCUCUUGAAAACAAUGCCUACUCCCUCAUUCUUGGUUACUUGGUCCUCCAAAAUAUUCCAAAUGGAAUUUUAGCUGGAGGUGUAAUCACAGUAAUCAAUUUUAAAUCAUUCUCAAAAUGUUAUCUAGUUCAGAAAAAAAUUAAAUCGCACAGGUCAUUUCUCAAAACGUUUGAGUGUGGACAAAAAAGUAUGAAGUUUUACCUUCACGGGUACCUCCAUUUCUGCUGAAAUCACCUUUUUCUUUAGAACGUUAUAACCAAAUUGUUAUUUGAUAGUUUGAAAAAUAAUUGCACCAAGUACAAUUACACAAUGAUUUUCUUCUGAUUUAAUGUUCCUCAACUGCUUUAAUAAAAACAGAUGAUCAAGCUGUUUGUAUAAACUGAUGCCAACAGUUUGCUGUGUUAUGAAAAUACAUUUUGCAGGUUGCAUCUAUUUGACCUGAGCAUCAGCCACUGUUCCAAAAAGCCACUUUGCUUUAGAAGAAGUGCUUAUGAAUUGAUUGUCAGCGGUAUUUUUAUUUUUAAUAAGUCCAUCUUUUGGCAAGAUGAUUAGCUCAAGGCUACUUUAAUAUAAACUGCUAUAUCUCCAUAGUUAAUAGAUGGAAAGUUCUGCUAAAACCUAAUGAAAUCAAAUUACUUUCUUUUGUCCAGCAAAUUACUUCUAUGUAGCAUCUAAUAUUGUUUAGAAAGUCCCAAGCUACCUUGCGUAAUUCUUCUCUGACAAAAUGUGGCACAAUGCCACUUAGGGAGGCAUGGGACGGGUGACCAAAAGCAUGAUCAAAGUUAAGCUGUAUCUUAAGAGAAGCAAAGUGGUUUAAGUAAGUAAGUAAGUUUAUUGGCCAAGUAUUCACAUACAAGGAAUUUGCCUUGGUGCUCCGCCCACAAGUAACAACAUGACAUAAAGUGAAAGUUACAAAUGACUCGGAAAACACUAAACAUUAAUAAUAAUAAAACAUUAAUGAUGAAACACCAUUGAUAUAGCAUGUGAACCAACAAAAUACCAGAUCAAAGGGAGGCUACAGAUUUUUUGCUAUUGAGUAGAGCAACUACUCGUGGAUAAAAACUGUUUUUAUGUCUGGCUGUGGCAACUUUGACAGUCCGGAGUCGCCUUCCAGAGGGAAGUGAUUCAAAAAGUUGUUAAGAAGAGAAUUCCAGAUCCUAAAACUUAAACAUUGAUGGUUGAGUCGUGCUAAUUGAGUAAAGAAACACUAGAAUAUGAUUUCCAACUAAGACUGCAUUUAGAAUGAUUUGUGAAGUUAUUAAGUUCUGCUUUUUGGGGCUAAUUUGCUGGAACAAGUGCCAGAAAAAUGUCUUUAAAGCUGAUGGCAACAGGAACUUUGUGACUCUCAAGUUAUGAUAUUUCAAAAUAUUACUGGAUAUAAUAACCAGAUGCAAAAUGUAUUGGUUCAAGUCCAUGUGAUAGAUGCAGAAUUAGGCCAUUCAACCAUCCAGUCUACGCCAUUUAAUCAUGGCUAUUCUAUAUCUCCUUUCUUCCAUUCUCCUGCCUUCUCCCCAUAAUCCCAGACGCCCUGAAGUUUAUUAUUGUGAAGUGGACUGAGGUGGAGUGAAAAACAUUUGCAUGCUAGGUCCAGGUAAAUUAUCCAUUGGUUUGACGGUCCCGAACUACAGUGAAAAGCUAUUUUGCGUGCUAUCCAGGCAGAUCAUGCAUAAUAGCCGAUGUAAGUAGUUCCACAGAAGCCAGCAUGCAAAGAGUCACCGUGCUCCAGUGCCAUUUAAAAGGGCUUACAUUCUCUCUAACACAAGAAUUUUCAAUGAUCUGGCAUAGUCAAUACCAUCUAUAAGACGUUUUUGUCAAAUCAGAACCUGCCAUUUUGUAUCAGGUGGGUUAUACUAGGUGUGGAAGAAGCUAUUUCAGUGGCAUCCCCUUGAAAAUCUAAUCAUUGUAGUUACUAAUGUAAUUUCUAAUAGGUGGAAAUUAUGUACAUAUCUAAUAAUGUAAUAUGUUAUAUUUAUAUACGAUAUACAUAUAAUGUAUUACUUCUUUCAAAAAUUGUCAGAUUAUCUCCCAGAGUGAAUAUUCUUGGACAACAAUGACACAGUACUUGCUGUCAAGUUAUUGCUGUUGCAACCUAUCACUAUUACAUGAAGGAACACCCAUAAGCAAAAUAGAUGGCAUAUCACAUUUACAAUAAAUAUUUUCUGUCCUUAAGAUGUUAUACGAUAAUAAUUUCCUGCCUUCUAGUCCUCUCCAGACAUCCAUUAUCUAAUGUAGUGGAACGUGCUUCUACAGCUAUGUCUUAAUACGUUUUUGGAAGAAAUGGCAAUUGUAUUAAUUUUUUAAGUACUGUGCAAUAAGAUUUUUAAUUGCAAAAAUAUGAGACAUUUAUUUGAUAUAACCUAGCAAAACAAACAAUGCAUUGUUAAUGACAUUUAUUUCAGUGUCACAAAAAUAGGCAUCAGGGAAGGGGGCAAAACCUUCAUAUCUGUGAAUGGUUACCUCACAUUGUGACAUUUAUGGGUUCAAAUCCCAUUUAUUACUUUAUUUAUUUUCAUCUUGGUCCAAAGAAGCCUCCAACAUAACCCCUUCAAUACUUUUUCUAAAACGUACAUUUUCAUUCUGUGGCCGCUUAUUUUCCAUUCCAGCUUUUAAUUUUGUUCUCUGAAUAUUCUAGUCAUUUUAAAUUGAAAUAGUUAUGGUCAUGACAAAUCUGGACCCAGCCAUCUAAUCAAUUGGGACAAAAUAGGAGUUUUAAAAACAGACUUCAAGUGAAUUUGCAAUCCACAAAUUAGAGAAAACAUUUAAAAUUUUCUGAUCCAUGAAGCUAAAUAAACUUGUAUGCAACGCUAAGUAAUAGAAACAUCAUUGUAUCUUGGAGAGUUAUCGAGUGGUACUGCCCAACUGUGGGGAUGAAUAGAGAAACACAUUCCGUCUAUCCCGAGUUUUAUAUGUGAAACAAAUGGGGAGAGAAAGAAGUUCGCAAUUACCAUCUAGGUGCACCUUGCUUUUAAAAGCCUGCAGUAUUUCCAUAUUUGUGUUUUAAAUAUUUUGUAAAUGUUUCCUCAGGAAAAUAAGGUGUAAUAUUGUGUAUGUAUGAAUGAAGAAAGCUGGUUUAUUUGAAGAAAUGUAACUAAAUGCUGUAACUUCUCUGGCCUUGGAACUAACUACUCUGAAUGUGCCUAUGAUUCCCUCAUCCUACACAUAUGCUUUCUCACCCUUAGAUUAAACAGGGCACAACCCUGUGUUGCUAUUCAGACAACCCUGAUGAAUUUUGUGUUUAUUUUUUGUCGAUCUCAGGACUGAAACUUCUUUAUUUUAUGUAGAUGUUUUAUUUAUUCUGUUUCUUUAUUUUAUUAUUGGUUGACAUGAAAUGAAUAAAGCAAAUAACAUGAAAUAAUGACUCUUGACUCUCUUCUGCAACGUGUACGAGAAUUAACUUCAUUAUGUUUAAGUCAAGUAUUUGUGGGGUUGUUGCA